UGCCAUUACAAGGUUACGUUUGCAAUUUGAGGAGUUAUAAAUGUGAAUAUAAAAGCACGUGCAUUAUCAAUAUUUAGCCAAAAAUAAGAGUGUCAAAAUCGGAAAAAACAUUUCAAUGUCUAUCCUCAGUUUACGUGUUGUCGUCGCUCUCUCUGGAGGUGUAGUGUUUUUGUUGUUUUCUAAACUGAUGUGGGUUGUACCCAAAUGGAUGUUGAGGAGCCGUGACAGUGAUGUUAGUCGUCAAUCGAAGCUUGUUAGCGAUCAUAAAACCUUUACGGAAGCAGUGGAUCUAAACGUGGGUUUUUUGGAGAGUCCUUUAUUUUGUUCAGAAUAUUAAAGUACCUAUCUUCUAUGGGUCACAGACUGGUACUGCUAAAAAAUACGCUGUUUGUCUUGGUCAUCAUCUUCAUACUUGUGGCGUCCAAAACUUGGUGAUAGACCUCAGGCACUUGACUAUGGACAUGCUGGUACACUUGUCUGUAUUGGACACAUGCGUAGCAGUAUUCAUUCUGGCAACUUAUGGUGAAGGUGAACCCACAGAUAAUGGUCGGAAGUUUCUGGAGGAUUUGGAAAACUCUGAUAAGAAAUUCAAUAAUUUACGUUUUGUGGUUUUUGGACUGGGUAACAGCUUGUAUACGUAUUUUAAUGCUUUUGGAAAAUCAAUCGAUCGUUUACUUUGUAAACAAGGAGCUAAACGUUUACAAGCAAUUACUUUAGGUGAUGAAGUGGAUGAUUUAGAAAAUACUUUUCUCACUUGGAGAGAUCAGUUGACUUCGUCGUUAAUGGAUUUCUUUAAUGUAUACAGUGAUAAUAAAGAUAAUCUGAACAUGCAGUAUGAACGGAUAUAUUCAUUGAAAUGUAAGACUUGGGGUUUGCCUGUCGUUUUACGCUUUCUAAACAGAGCUUAUGUGCCGGAAAAGUUACCUUACGGAACGGAGAACUAUGUCUACACUCCUCUAGUUGUUAAUCAAGAGUUAUACAAUAACAGUUCGCGUUCUUGUCGACAUAUUGAAUUGGAUCUAUCUGGUUCUGAACUUAGUUACAAAACAGGUGAUCAUGUUGCAUUAUUCGCUCCAAAUCCACCAGAUCUUGUUAACGCAAUUGGUGAUCUUCUAGAUAUUGAUUUGGAUGUGAUGAUUAGUUUGGAUGCUAUUGAUCCUUUCAGUUUAAUAAGACAUCCUUUUCCGUGUCCAUGUACCUACCGCCAUGCAUUCACGUAUUUUGUGGAUAUAACUGGACCUCCUGGGAGGAAUUUAUUUUCUGCUUGCAUAAAUACAAUAACUGACCCUGAUGAAUUAGAAUUUGUUCAACUUCUUAUUUCAAAAAGUGAAAAAGGAAAGGAACUAUACUCAAAGUGGAUUCUAGAAGAUCAUCGUGGUCUUGUUGAUGUAUUAAAAGAUCUUACAUCAUUUCGACCACCAGUUGAUCUCUUGCUGGAGUUAUUAAAUCCUCUAAAGCCAAGACUGUACAGUAUCUCCUCCUCUGCAUUAGUGUAUCCGAAACGAAUACAUAUAACGGCUUCUGUGGUUAAUUAUCAAACGAAUUCAGGUAUGUAGUGAUAAUUUAUUAUCUAUCUUUUGCAGCUACUCACUACGCAAUUACCUAGUAAAUUUGCAAGGAUAAUCGAGUGGAGAUAUAUAUUUUUUCGAAUUGGUCAUUUCAUCGUCUUCAUGAACCUAUGGUUCAUUCAAGUGACUUUUACGUCUAUGUUUUCUUAUGUCUGUGCAUCUGUUGUUUCCAGUUUUAUAGUGGUAUCAUGCAUUUCGCUU